AUGCAGCUGCAGAAAUUGAUACAUGCUACCAACUGUUUUUCAGAUGCAGCCCAUUGCAGCAAGUGUCCAGAUGACCAGCGUUCCAAUGAGAAGCGAGAUCAGUGUGUCCCCAAAGUUAUAACCUUCUUGUCCUAUCAAGAAACAUUAGGUUGCAUCCUGGCUCUCUUUGCACUCACUUUGUCUCUAAUCACCAGCUGUGUUCUGGGCAUCUUCAUUAGAUACCGAGAAACUCCCAUUGUCAAAGCCAACAACCAGGACCUCACCUACAUUCUCCUGGUCUUCCUCCUCCUUUCCUUCUUGACCUCCCUUCUAUUCAUUGGUCAUCCCAAAAAAGUGACCUGCCUUCUUCGACAAACCACCUUCAGUGUUGUAUUCUCAGUUGCUGUGUCUUCUUUGCUGGCCAAGACUGUCAUGGUGGUAGUGGCCUUUCUGGCCACAAAGCCAGGCAGCAGGAUGAGGAAAUGGCUGGGGAAAAGACUGGCCAACUCCAUUAUCUUAUACUCCUCCAGUAUUCAAGUGGGCAUCUGUAUCAUAUGGCUGGGAAUCUCUCCCCCAUUCCCAGAUUCUGACCUGCAUUCCCAACCAGGACAGAUCCUGCUGCAAUGUAAUGAAGGCUCAGUCACCAUGUUCUACACUGCACUGGGCUACAUGGGCUUUCUGGCUUCCAUCUGCUUUCUGGUGGCUUUUAUGGCCCGAAGGCUGCCAGGCACCUUCAAUGAAGCCAAAUGGAUUACCUUCAGCAUGUUGGUGUUCUGCAGCGUUUGGGUCUCAUUUGUCCCCACCUACCUGAGCACCAAAGGGAAAUACAUGGUGGCUGUGCAGAUCUUCUCCAUCCUGACUUCUAGCCUGGGAUUACUGGGAUGCAUCUUCAUCCCCAAAUGCUACAUCAUCAUCCUGAGACCUGGCAUGAACACCAAGGAGCAUCUCAUGAUGAAAAACAAUGAAGGCUCAUGA